GCGGCGCGGGGCUCGCAGGGAGCCGCAGCGGCCGCGCCACGCGCCACGCACCGCCAUGGACGGCCAGCGCACACCCAGCCACUGCCUCCGCCGGUACACCUGGUAGGCGGCCGCAGCCCGCUCCUCCUCCUCUGCGUCGCCUGUCCGGCCUUGCCGCUGUCGGGCCGGGGUCAGGAUGACGGUGGUCCAGGACUGCGUGGGUGGCACGCGCCUCAACGGGCUGCUGCAGCGCUGCCGGGAGUCGCGCAAGCUGGUGCUCGUCAUCGUCGCCAUAGCUCUCCUGCUCGACAACAUGCUGCUCACCACCGUCGUGCCCAUCAUCCCGGAGUUCCUGUACGACAUCCGCCACCCCAACGAGAGCCACGGCGCCGUGGACAGUGCGGAGCCGACCCCGCCGCCCCCACCAACCACCGCCGCCCCCACCACCGCCGCCCCCACGGACUCCACUGAAGACCAGGCCCGGCUCGAGUUCCUCACCGACCACACGACCGUCUCCCCGGACGCAGACAACGUGACGACGACCCUCUCUCCCGAAGAGCAGCGCCGCAGGCAGCGGCACAAGGACCUCAUCGAGGAGACGGUGGCAGUCGGCAUGAUGUUCGCGUCCAAGGCCUUCGUCCAGCUGCUCGCCAACCCCAUCGUCGGACCGCUCACUCACAAGAUUGGAUACAGCAUUCCCAUGUUCACUGGUUUCAUCAUAAUGUUUAUUUCGACCUUGAUCUUCGCUUUCGGCCGGAGCUACGGUGUCCUCUUCCUGGCUCGCGCUCUGCAAGGCAUCGGCUCUUCCUGCUCCAGUGUUUCUGGAAUGGGGAUGCUGGCGGAGCGCUACCCGGACGACAAGGAGCGCGGCAACGCGAUGGGCAUCGCGCUGGGCGGGCUGGCGCUCGGAGUGCUGAUUGGUCCGCCCUUCGGUGGCGUCAUGUACGAGUUCGUCGGCAAGUCGGCGCCCUUCCUCGUGCUGUCGGCGCUCGCCCUCGGAGACGGCCUGCUGCAGUUGCUGAUGCUUCAACCGGGUGUGGUGCGCCAGGACUCUGACCCUCCAUCGCUCAAGGCUCUCGUCAUGGACCCGUACAUCAUCAUUGCUGCAGGAGCCAUCACGUUCGCCAACAUGGGUAUCGCAAUGCUGGAACCGUCGCUGCCGAUCUGGAUGAUGGACACGAUGGGGGCCGGCCGCUGGAAGCAGGGUGUCACCUUCCUGCCAGCGUCUAUCUCCUACUUGGUGGGCACCAACCUGUUUGGACCGCUCGGACACCGCAUGGGACGAUGGCUAGCGUCGAUGCUUGGACUGAUUAUAAUUGGAAUCUGCUUAAUGUGUAUCCCUCUGGCGCGCAACAUCAACCACCUGAUCGUGCCGAACGCUGGGCUGGGAUUCGCCAUCGGCAUGGUGGACAGCUCCAUGAUGCCAGAGCUGGGCUACCUCGUGGACAUCCGCCACACCGCCGUCUACGGCAGCGUCUACGCCAUCGGCGACGUCGCCUUCUGUCUUGGAUUCGCUAUUGGCCCUGCACUCAGUGGAUCGCUGGUGAAGAGCAUCGGCUUCGAAUGGAUGCUGUUCGGCAUCGCCAUCUUGAACUUCAUGUACGCGCCGCUCAUGUACCUGCUCAAGAGCCCACCGACCAAGGAGGAGAAGCGGUCGCUGAUCCUGGGCGAGAAGUCGUCGGUGCGCUACGUGACGUACCAGAACGAGGAGGACGAGGAAUAAGAGGGGCAGACUUCCGCCAGCUCGCGGGGCUGCCAGGGAGGGGCCGAGAGCUGCUCCCGCCGCCAGAUAUCGCCGCUCACACCCCGACUGGACUACAAGACGACGCGACUCUGGCACCACCACCAGCCAGCCAGAGGACGGACUCCGCCGAAUCAGCUGCAGCGCUGCAAACAACGGUUCCAGGGACCCGAGAGCACGCUGCAGACGGCACGGGGCAGCCCAGUCCACCACUCGCAUCUCGUCAGAGCACACUUCUACACGAUUCUCACGUAUUUCACGAACGUGACAACUUCGCUACCGACGACGUCAACCUGUACAAGGGCAACACUCGCCUCGACGUACAAAACCCAGGCAUCUACGAGAUAAUAUGUACAAUCGCGACAUUCUAUUGCAGGCUUCUUCUUACCACUUACGUCAUAUACAUACGUCUACGGUCUUGUUAACGCAACUUUACCGAGACGGACGAUUAGAAGACCUGCAAUACUUCGGGCGAGGACCAAGGUUUUUUCCUAACUCAAAACUAUUAUCAUCCAAAUGCUUGAAAGUUAUUGUAGAGUAUUCCAUAUUUUUUCAGCUUUGAGUAACAAAAAUAUGAGAAAAAAAUCCCAAAUAUUUAUGAUAGAUAUUGUUGUUCGUAAAAUUUGAAAUUAUUUUUUUAUGGCUCUGUUGAAAUAUAUGAUAUAAAUACUCACACAUGGGGGGCUUAUGAAAAGUUAAUUGAUAAGAGUAAACGCAUUAUUUUGAUACUCCUCUAAACUUCUGUUGUAUGUAUUCAUAAUUAUCCCCUCAUAACUUAUGCUAAUACUCCCUUCUCUUCGAAUUUCAUACCAAAGAGCGAAUAGUUUCUGAAACAAAAUGCUUGAAGAGAGUAGUACUUAAAUAUGCUUAAUGCUCGAAAUAUUUUAGUGACCUUUGUUAUAUAUUAACGUCAGUAAUGUGAUAACCCAUCAUUCCAUUUUCUGAAGACAAUCCUUGUAUACGUAAAUAUUCCUCUUUUUCCUUCAGACAUCGUGAUAAUUCAUACAGUACGUUAACUGUUACACACAUGUAGUCUAUUCAUUUCCCUUCAUACCGAUAUUUUCGUGCAGCGAAUACUUCCAAAGCUACUCUAUUUUAGACAUUUACAAAAAUAUGUCAACAGAAAUGACAAGUCGAUUAUUUAUGUAUUUACGUCAGUAUUUCUCCAAUCAUUUUUCGCUUAUGUUUGUAUUUUCUUUCUGUUUACUUCCGUCUGCAGUCCCACAGUAUUUUAUAAAUGAUGCAAUGUUCCACAUGGACUGUUAUUAAAUUUAUUUACAGUUACGAUUUCGGCCAUUGUGUCAUCCUGAAGUAAUAGCGCUGUGUGAAAUACGCCAAUGCGUAUUUAGUACUGUUAAAAUGAAAUCGUCCUUGUGUAACCUACAUUUACAAAUUUCAUAUGCGCGAAAACAGAAUACCUAGUGAUCUAUAUAAAAAGGACGUAACACUUCAGAGGAUAAUUCUUAUACAGUUCAUGCAGGUAAAUACUGCACUCUUAUUUAUAACUAUGCGUGCACCAGUUGCAGUACUUGAUAAAUUUAAUAACAAACCAGAUGGAACAUUCUGGACUUCCUUUUUCUCCCUUUUUUCUUUGAGAAUUUUCUGCACAUUUAUCGUUUCAUUGUUCCUAAACAUUCCUGUAUCUACAAUAAAUAGAUACGAUAUGCUUCUUUGCAAAUGACAUCAAAUUUAACACCUAUUCGUUAAAAUUAACACCCAUCAUUUAUCACUUUGAAAAUACAGAAUAUUACUAAUUUAAGUAGUAGCUUAACAAACGGUAAACAUAUCUUCAUAUCCAAGUUAUUUCUGGGAGAAAUAAGCUGCGUGAGGAACAAUCACUCAAAAGUACUAUAACACGAACCUCCGCUUGAAACAGUAGUGCAAAAGAACCUGAAAUUGCAUAGAUUAGAGUAGUUAUGAAGAUGUACACAUUGGAGCCAUAAAACAGGGUACACUACUGCUUGCUUUUGUAAGACGGUGUCAGUCUUUUAAAACGCUUCUUCUUUUGUAUAUAUCCAUUUCUACACUCUUAUAAGUAUACUUAUUUUCAUCGUUGGUAUGGAAUCUGUGAGUUCCGCAUAUUUAUCAGUUGCAUGCCUAAAGUUCACAAUACCCAGAGAACACUCCUUUGUUUUGGCCAGGUACAGUUUUAAUAUUCUCCCUUUGUUGUACAAGUCAAAUAGCGGUUGCAGUAUUGAUAACCGCUCAGGACAGGAGCCACCCAAGGAUAUCUAAAUCCAGGAAACUAAAACACGGACAUUCAUAAUAGGAGUGCCGUUAUCCCACGCGGUUCUGGAUACCCAAAUUCUAAAUUUUGCUCAUUAAGGACAGCAGCCCGUUAUUUGAUUCUGUGAAUGGCUGCACAGAAUCAGCACAGAGGGUUUUAUUGUCGACUGUCCAUUUCGGUACUUCGUUUCGGAUAUACAAAAAUUUUUCGCUCUGAAGAAGCUUGAAUGUUGUUGUAUAAGGCGCUCCUAUAAAAACACGCCCGAAAAAGACGCAUUUCACUCUAUUGUCACAAUCUUUGUAAGGCUCUUGUGCAUAUGUUAAACUGUACCCAAUUUGAGACAGGCAGGUUAAAAAUAAACGAAUUUGCCACUCUUGUAUCUAUACUAAAGAAGAAUGCACUUCUCAUUUCGUGUCUACGCUUUUAAACAUUUGGCUAUGGACGUUAAGGUAUCCUGAGGAAUGGACGGAAACAACGAUUUCCCUUAGGAGAUAAGAUACACAGUAUUAUCGUGUAUAGCUAACAUAAGGUGUAUCAACAAAAAAAAUGUUCUGUUUUGUGUAUGCUGAAUGUUGUUUUUAUUAAGAACAUUACGGUCGUUCUUCAGACGAGUUGCUCUCUGAGUAGUACUUGUGAACAGACAAUAAAAUGUCAAGAUAAAACACACUUGCUGCAACAAUAACGAAAUUUAUUCAAUGAUGCAUUGUUUGCACGCAAUGUAAAAGCUGGUAUGGGUCCGAAAACAGUAAAACUGUACAUAUAAGAUAGUAACAAUUGUGCCGGCACGUGGCUUAUGCUACGGUCGGUUCGUAUGUUCAUAAUCUUAUUGGUAUUAUUGUAUAAAUACGAUGCAUAACUAUAUUUACUAUGUGUGAUAUGUAAACAAGUCCUCUUAAGGUAUCCCCAACAUCAGUGUUGCAUUCCGUGUCAUUUUAAGUGGAGUGCUUCAAUUGCUGUAUGAUGUUCGCUGAAAUGUGGUGCAAAUAAAUGGAUAAAAUGAUAA